AUGUCUUCCAUUGAACAGUCCCUUCCCCCUACCCACGAGCGUCGCAACUCGCUGGAGAAACACCUCCAAACCCGCCCUGAAAUACAGGACCUCAAGAACCGCCACAUCCUGCUGGACACCAAUGUAGCCCCAGCCCUUCAAUCCGCCCGCCAGGAGCUCGACCGCCAGCGUGCUACAGACAGUCUGAAGAGGAACCUGGAGAAGAGACCUGAGAAGGACGAGCUGAUUGAGCGUAAUAUCCUCCCCGCAACCUCCGCGGCCCCCCGCGUUACAGGCCCAUGCCCGUGA